AGUGCUCUCAACGGCAUUGCCGGUGCCCACAGUGAGUUUGUCCCAAUUCCUCACAUUGUCGGAACCACGUCGCGGUUCGCACAAGAACAAAGGUUUAUGGUCCGUGAAGCCUGUGGACGAGAACCCUGGGAUGGCAAAAAUUGGAAAAAGUGUCACUUGUGUGCAGCCUCUUGCUCACUGGAGAAUGAUGCUACCUUUACCCUAGAAGCCGACCGAGUCAUCGAAGAAAGCUUUAGAGCACGAUCCCCUAUAUACUUCCACGUCCCUGCAGACACGGCGGGUUCUUGGCUGAUGCCAGCGGUCUCAAAAACCUCUCAACUUGAAUGUCAGACGCGAUAGCGAGCGACUCGAAGACAUGACCGUGCAGGAAAUCCUAUACGAAAUCGACCAAGCUCAAAGACCAUGUCUUCUGGUGAACAAUCUCACUCGCCGUUUUGGUCUCAGCGACGUGGUGGCCGAGAUGGUCGAGUUCACAGGAUUUCCA